AUGGGAUCCAUAAACCAGAACCUGAACAUCCUCUUCUUCCCAUUCUUGGCUCCGGGCCACAUCCUCCCCAUGCUCGGCAUCGCCAAACUCUUCGCCACACGCGGCCCAGCCGCCACUCUCCUCACCACCUUCGCAAACGCUACUCUCCUUCGCCCCAUUAUCGACCGCUUCAAUUCCUCCGCCACCUCUCCCAUCCGCCUCCACCUCCUCCCCUUCCCCUCAGCCGCCGCCAGGCUCGAGCUUUUCCUCCAUUUUCUCCGACGAUCAUCUAUCCAAAUUUAUCAAAGCAUCCAGAGGCAAGGGGUCAUUGAGAACCUACAGCAAGAAGCAGAGUCCUUCGUCCUCCCCGACCUCCCGCAUCACAUCGAGCUACUCCGAUCGCAAGUCGAAGACCCCAUUAAAUCAAUCCCUUCUGUGCUCGAGAUCUUCAAUCAAGCGCAGGAGGUCGAUUCAAACAGCUACGGAUUGGUGGUGAACAGUUUCUAUGAGCUGGAGCAGGACUAUGUGGAGCAUUUUAGGAAAGUGAUGGGGAGGAAGGCGUGGCUCAUCGGUCCUGCCACUCUCUGCAACCAAGAAGGUGCGGAUAUGUUUGGAUGGCGAGGAGAAACCAAAGUAGGCGAAGAAUGCGUCAAGUGGCUCGAUGGAAGAAAGCAGGGAUCUGUAGUGUACAUGUGUUUUGGCAGCAUAAGUGCAUUCACAGCAGCACAACUGAGGGAGAUGGAACUUGGGCUCGAGGCUUCGAGCCAUCCGUUUGUUUGGGCGGUGCGAAACGCGGGUGAGGAUUGGAUUCCUGAAGGGUACAUGCAGAGAAUAGAAGGAAGAGGUCUUUUAAUCAAUGGAUGGGCGCCGCAACAACUAAUACUUAAUCAUGCGGCGGUGGGCGGAUUCAUCACACAUUGUGGAUGGAAUUCGUGCUUAGCAGGGAUAAAUGCGGGCUUGCCGAUGGGGACAUGGCCGCUCUUUGCGGAGCAAUUCUUCAAGGAGCGGCUUUUGGUGGAUGUGCUGAAGAUUGGAGUGGCGGUGGGUUCGAAGGUUUUCGGGAUAACAUCGGAGGAUCGGCCGGUGAUAAAGGCGGCGGCAUUAGAGGCUGCGGUGAGGAACGUGAUGGGAGAGGGAGGGGAGGCGGAGAGGAUAAGGAAGCGUGCCCAUGAGCUUAAAGAGAUGGCGAGGAGCGCAAUGGAGGGGGGAGGAGGGUCUUCUUAUAGUAAUCUUGAAAAUUUUAUACUGGAGUUGAUAGAGAAGGAGGAGAAAGAAGGCACGAGCUGUAUGAAUAAUCAUAACCUGAACAUCCUCUUCUUCCCAUUCUUGGCUCCGGGCCACAUCCUCCCCAUGCUCGGCAUCGCCAAACUCUUCGCCACACGCGGCCCAGCCGCCACUCUCCUCACCACCUUCGCAAACGCUACUCUCCUUCGCCCCAUUAUCGACCGCUUCAAUUCCUCCGCCACCUCUCCCAUCCACCUCCACUCCUCCCCUUCCCCUCAGCCGCCGCCGGUCUCCCCGAGGGAUGCGAGAGCUUCCGCCCCUCCCCCCCCCACCUUCGCAAACGCUACUCUCCUUCGCCCCAUUAUCGACCGCUUCAAUUCCUCCGCCACCUCUCCCAUCCGCCUCCACCUCCUCCCCUUCCCCUCAGCCGCCGCCGGUCUCCCCGAGGGAUGCGAGAGCUUUUCCUCCAUUUUCUCCGACGAUCAUCUAUCCAAAUUUAUCAAAGGCAUUGCCUUUCUCCACCACCCGUUCGACCUUCUCCUUAAAGAACUCCGCCCAGACUUCGUUGUCUCCGACUUCUUCUUGCCAUGGACCCAUCAAGUUUGCGCCCAAAAUGGCGUACAAAGAAUCGUUUUUGACGGCUCCAGUUUGUUUGCGCGGUGUGCUUUUGACAGCAUCCAGAGGCAUAAGGUCAUUGAGAACCUACAGCAAGAAGCAGAGUCCUUCGUCCUCCCCGACCUCCCGCAUCACAUCGAGCUACUCCGAUCGCAAGUCGAAGACCCCAUUAAAUCAAUCCCUUCUGUGCUCGAGAUCUUCAAUCAAGCGCAGGAGGUCGAUUCAAACAGCUACGGAUUGGUGGUGAACAGUUUCUAUGAGCUGGAGCAGGACUAUGUGGAGCAUUUUAGGAAAGUGAUGGGGAGGAAGGCGUGGCUCAUCGGUCCUGCCACUCUCUGCAACCAAGAAGGUGCGGAUAUGUUUGGAUGGCGAGGAGAAACCAAAGUAGGCGAAGAAUGCGUCAAGUGGCUCGAUGGAAGAAAGCAGGGAUCUGUAGUGUACAUGUGUUUUGGCAGCAUAAGUGCAUUCACAGCAGCACAACUGAGGGAGAUGGAACUUGGGCUCGAGGCUUCGAGCCAUCCGUUUGUUUGGGCGGUGCGAAACGCGGGUGAGGAUUGGAUUCCUGAAGGGUACAUGCAGAGAAUAGAAGGAAGAGGUCUUUUAAUCAAUGGAUGGGCGCCGCAACAACUAAUACUUAAUCAUGCGGCGGUGGGCGGAUUCAUCACACAUUGUGGAUGGAAUUCGUGCUUAGCAGGGAUAAAUGCGGGCUUGCCGAUGGGGACAUGGCCGCUCUUUGCGGAGCAAUUCUUCAAGGAGCGGCUUUUGGUGGAUGUGCUGAAGAUUGGAGUGGCGGUGGGUUCGAAGGUUUUCGGGAUAACAUCGGAGGAUCGGCCGGUGAUAAAGGCGGCGGCAUUAGAGGCUGCGGUGAGGAACGUGAUGGGAGAGGGAGGGGAGGCGGAGAGGAUAAGGAAGCGUGCCCAUGAGCUUAAAGAGAUGGCGAGGAGCGCAAUGGAGGGGGGAGGAGGGUCUUCUUAUAGUAAUCUUGAAAAUUUUAUACUGGAGUUGAUAGAGAAGGAGGAGAAAGAAGGCACGAGCUGUAUGAAUAAUCAUGUCUUACAGUCUUUUUCAAUAAGAUCAGAUCUUCUGUCUCCUCCAUUUUUAGGUUUUUGA